GUAACGAAUAUGGCUGCUUACAGUUGUGUUGAAGUCAAUAAUUUGUGAUUAUUUAUAAGAAAAGAAUUUACAAAGGAGUAAAAAUAGUGUACGCACCAUGAUAUCAUACACCUAUUCAUCACUUAGUAGAUUGUGCAUUGCGAGCGGUCGGCGAACAUUAAUAACGGCCGCUGCAAAAGAAAUACAGGAUACGAAUAAUUCAUCGUUACGCUUGCCGGAAUCGUUCCCACCAGAACAUGACGAGAGCUGUUUGAAUCGAAUUUUUACAAUACCUUCAGAUAUCACAGCAUUAUUAAAGGAUAAUCUGCCAAUCGAAUUCAGGAAGCAAGAAUCGAUUUUUAGAGAACUUGGCAUUUUAGUUAGGAAACCAGCAGUUGAGUUAAUAUCAUAUUUAGAGCAGACGGAUUUUACAAAACCUAUUAACAAAUAUAUCCUCUAUGGUAAAUAUGGUACAGGAAAAACCGCAACAUUGAUACAUUUAAUGCAUUACGGGCUUGCUAAGCAUUUUAUACUACUUCACUUACCAUGGGUUUGUACUUGGUUCCGGUUUGCAAGAGAAAUUGUAGAAUCCCCAUUGGUACCAGGUAAACUGGAUAUACCACCAGAGGCAGCAUCUUGGUUGAAAUACUUUAAACAGUUAAAUCAAGUAGUAUUAUCACAGUUAGAUUUGAAACUUUCGAACGAUUAUAACUGGUCUCAAAAAGAAUCUAUAAAGUCUGGAGAUACACUUAUAAAUCUUAUCGAAUUCGGAAUACAAAGACAUAAAUUUGCUUGUGGAGUUAUUGAUGCGUUGGUAUGUGAACUUAAAGCCGCUAGUACAGCAGGAAAGUGUAAAACACUCGUAAUAAUGGAUGGUUUUAACGCAUUUACCUCUAAUGUUACGUUAAUUCGUGACGACACUCGGACGUUUGUACCACCUGAACGAAUAUCAAUAACAUCUUCGUUCUUCAAUAGUGUAAAGUAUGAUUGGUGUAACGCUGCUGCGAUAUUAACAGUGGAUACAAGAGCUAAUAAGGACAGAAGAGAGUCCCAUUAUCCAAAAUAUUUAUUAGGGAAAAAAGGAUUUGAACACUUAGAUCCUUUUCUUCCUAUACCUGUUGAAAACUAUUCCAAAGAAGAAUUCAAAACUAUAUUAAACUAUUAUAAGGAUCGAAAAUGGCUUAGGGAAGUUAGUCCUCAAGGACAAGAAGAGUUGGAAUUGUUAUCUAACAAAAAUCCACAUGAUCUUUGGCAAUUCUGUAAACCAUUGUAAUUUUCUCUGUAAAUAAACAUGAGUGCCGAGACAUUUUUUAAA